AGCGAAGGGACGGCGCCUGUCCUGUGGACGGUGCUGCAGGAGUGGCGGACUCGCGUUGUGAAAGGCAGCUUUAACCCUUUGUAUGGAGACCAGUUCAGCUGUAUUCUGCAAGAUGAUAAAGAGCUUCAUCACAUCAAUCUGCGGAUGGAGGUGAGGGACUUUGAUAAAUUCUCGCGGCACACAGUGUUAGGAGAGGUGAGGGUUCCUCUAGGGCAGCUCAACAUCUCCUACCCUCUGGAGCUACAAGAAGAUCUGAGGAUGCCCCAGAAGGUACAGUAAGACAUCAUGCUUAUUGCCUCACAUGCUGCCUCACAUGCUCCUGUCCAGCCAAAAAUCUCACAUACCCCCUGCAGUACUCCAGAGUACCACUAGGGGUGCCCCUGCCCCCAUUUAAGAACCACUGGUGUCAAGUAUGUUUAC